AUGAUCCCACAUGAUGAUCCCACACGGGUACCCACCUACGCUGUAUUAGACGAUCAGUCUACCGAUGUCUUUGUGACAGAUGCCUUGUUGGAAAAGAUUAACACUGGCGGCCCUCAGAUUUCGCUUGAAGUCAACACCAUUGUGGGAGUUAACAGCAUCCACACCCGUAAGGUAUCUGGUCUAUGCGUGCGAGACGUCGAAGGUCGGCAUCAACCCAUGAAAGUAAACCAUGCUUAUUCAAGAGAAGAUAUACCAGCAGAUAAGAACGACAUCGCAACACCCAAAAUUGCCCACCAGAUUGCACACCACAUUCACUACCGCCCUGACGUAGAAAUCGGGAUGCUUAUAGGCCGUAACGUUCCCACUGCAUUUCAGCCGCUUAACAUUAUCUACGGGAUAGAAGACGAGCCGUGGGCAUAG